AUGGAAGAGUUCUCUUUUCCAUUUCAACCGUACGACAUCCAACUCCGGUUGAUGCGAGAAAUUCGUGAAUGCAUCGAUCAUCGUCAGGUUGGCAUUUUCGAAUCGCCAACGGGAACCGGAAAGUCAUUGAGUGUGUUGUGCUCGACGAUGACGUGGCUGGAGGAGGAAGAGAAACGAAUCGAGAAUGAAUUGGAAGGGAAACAGAAAGAGGCGGAAAGAAAAAUCAAGGAGUUCGAAAUGGAGAAGGGAGAUUUCGUGGAAGCGGAAAGGAAAAAGUUGAAGGCGCGAAUCGAAGAAAGCGAAGUGAAUGAGAGAAUUUCAGAGAGGAAGAAGUGCGGAAUUGAGAAUGAAAUAAAACGAAAUAAAAAAGUUUCAGAAUGGAAAUAAGGGUCGAGCAGGCGAAAAAGGGAGUAGUGGAAGUGUCGAGAAAAAGGAAAACGGCAUUGAAAGAAAGCGAUUUUGGCAUGGAAGAAGAACCGAAAGAUGUAAAAAAAAUUGCUAAGCGGGACGAAUCUUGCAGUUUUCAGGAGUUUGCACCGUCGGAAGAGUACCAUUCAGACGGCGAAGGACACUCUGACUUGAGAGCAGAAGGGGAAGAGGAAGAGAAACCACUGAAGUGCCUGAAAGUUAGUCCUUCCCUUUCUGCUCCCUCUCUAUCUAUCAGUGCGUUUUCGUUUUCAGAUCUACUACGCAUCGCGAACGCAUUCUCAGCUCGAGCAACUGAUUGAAGAACUCGCCAAAACGAGAUUUCAGCCGCGCGUCGUCACGUGUGCAUCGAGGGGCACUCUUUGUGUGAACGAAAAUGUGAAGAAACUUAAACUGAACCAUUUGAUCAAUGAAAAGUGCAUGGAAUUGCGAAAGAACGGGUCGGCCGGAGAGAAGAAGCAGAAGACGGAAGAUGGAACGAAAAAGAAGAAGACGUGCGCGACGUCGUGUGAAUUCUACAAUACGACGCAGAUCGAAGACGUCGUGAACGGAGUCUUGGCCAACAAACUGACAACAACUCUGCAGGUCACAAAACAGGGGAAAAUGUCUCUGGGAUGCCCGUACUUCGCCACUCGCAAGGCUGUUCCUCAGUGCCAACUCGUCCUCCUGCCUUAUCAAGUUCUGCUCCACGACGGCACACGACAAGCGUGGGGAAUCGAUCUGACUGACAAUGUGGUGGUUUUAGACGAAGCACACAACGUUCUCAGCACUAUCAACUCCCUUUACUCUUCCGAGAUCUCCACUAAAUCACUGACAUUAGCUCUGCGGCUCAUCCGAGAGUACAUCGUCACUUACAAGCUGCGUCUGAAGGCCAAAAACCUUUUGUAUAUGAAGCAGUUGGAGUCGCUCACGAGCAAGAUGCUCACUUUCCUGAACAGUCAAUCGAAAGAAGAUGUAAUGACGAUGGCGGAACUGACCCGUCAUCUGAAUAUUCUGGGAAUCAAUCUCUUCAAAUUAGCCGCCUACAUUGAAAAAACCGAUUUGUGCAAGAAAUUCCAUGGAUUCUAUAUGCAAUUGCAGAAAAACGUGAGUAGAAUGUGCUGGAAAUAAAGUCAAAAGUCACAAAGAUAAUUCAGGAAGUGAAAAAAGAAAACGAAAAGCCGAAGUUGACAGGAAUUCAGAAGUUGAUGGCUAAAAAAGAAGAGGGCAAGAAUUCUUUGCUUUGUGGAGUUUACUAUUUUAUUCUUUCAGAAAUGAAAGAAGUGCAAUCAGUAGAGCCAGAGAAGGCUCCUCCGAGGCCAGUUCCUUCUCCUCUUUUCGCCCUGAAAUCUUUCAUCGAUGCGCUGACGAACAAGUGCGACGACGGUAGAAUCGUCGUUGAGAAGACUCCGUCCGAUGCAAAGUCACACUUCCCUCUCAUUUUUUAUCCCUAAUUGACUUUUCAGGUUCCGUUUCAUACUCCUAAAUCCGGCUGACCGUUUGUCAGAAGUGGUCAAGUCCUGCAGGGCCACCAUCCUCGUCGGCGGAACAAUGGAACCUGCUCAGCUCCUCGUGGAGACCCUCUCCCGUGGAUCCAUCGGUCCCGAGUCGAUCCGCCGUUUCUCGUGCGCCCACGUCAUCGAUGAUUCGCAGCUUUUGGCUGUGACUGUCGAGAAGACAGUCGAUGGGAAACCUUUUCAGCUGACCUAUCAGACCCGUUCCAACGACGCUACACUCAAAUCGUUGGCUCUCUCGAUUCAGAACCUCGUUCCGCACCUUCCGAACGGCGUUGUUAUCUUCGUUCCUUCAUAUGACUUCCUCUAUAACUUCCAGAAGAAAAUGAACGAAUUCGGAAUCAUGAAACGGAUUGAGGUUAGACGUAUUCAGAACUGAUCUCCCCAACGGCGAUUUGCAGGAAAAGAAAAGUGUGUUCACUGAGAGUCAACAGCCGACAUCUGACGUUUGGGAACGGUUCAGCCGAGCAGCCAGAACUCCAAAAGGAGCCGUUUUCUUCGCGGUGGUCGGCGGAAAAAUGAGCGAGGGAAUCAAUUUUUGCGACGAACUUGGUCGUGCUGUCAUUGUUAUCGGACUUCCCUACCCAAACAAGACGAGUGUCGAAUUGAAGGAGAGAAUGAGGGUUCAUCAUUUUGAAACAGUGCAUUCUCACAAAUUACUCAUUCAGUUCCUCGACGGCCAGAUGCCAAACGGUGGUUCCCUGCUCUACGAAUCUCUGUGUAUGCACGCUGUCAAUCAGGCAAUCGGCCGAGCCAUCCGCCAUCGGAGGGACUACGCGGCAGUCUAUCUAUUCGAUGAACGCUUCGGCAAGGAAUCGACAAGAAGCAAACUGUCCGCAUGGAUCGGAGACCGUACUCAGACACAUCUCGGAUUCGGCGAGAUUGUUCGAAAAACUCGCACGUUUUUCGAAGCGAACAAGAAACCAUAA